AUGCCAGAGGAAGGCAAAAGCAAGGCCGCUCUCGCCCGGGAUAUCAACAAUCUAGUCACCCUUGCAAGUACAACCAAUGUCGAGCCCAUGUGCUACUCUCAUCAGGCACAGGCCAACUGGCCAAGAACCAAGUUCUCCCAGAGAUUCACGCUGCAAGAUGCGAUUGCGACCGUGCUACUCGAUGGACGCCGUGGAGAAAUGUACGCAGUUGGGCUACAGGUUGACCACGACGAGGACCCGUCGAAGAGAGCAAUUGUCGCGUACAUAUCCACCAACCAGAAAGUCACGCUGGCGAAAACAAUCUACCUCGAAGACGUUUUCAACAUCUUGCAGAAACGCGCCAGAGUCUACGAGGACUUUUUGACCAAGAAGACCCUGUUUGAGCAGCAGUGCAGCCGGGCAGAGGCAGGGGGCCCGAAGGUGACAGUUGAAGAGCCCAGCUUGUCACCGAAUCUUCUGCACGAUUUGAUGCGAUUGGUUUACCGUCACUGUUUUAAGGGCUGGAUUAAAUCCAUUCACAACUCCAUUGCCGACAUGAAUCGGUUCAAGGCCACCAUGAUGAGUAUCGUUGGCGAUGGCCUGGAUGGAUCAGACCCAAACUUCUACUUGUGGCUCGAACCUUUGACCUAUCUUAUUGAGCAAUUCGACUGGGUUUAUGAAUCCACUGAUUCUUACCUCCAGCAAGAACGCGAUCCUAGGGACCUUGUGUCACACCCAGAUUUCGUUUCCAAAAUAGACCGUUUGGAGUCGGCAUACAGAGUGUUUGAACGUGAUAGAGAGGCUUUGGACAAGAUUGAGGAAUGGCAUGCACUCAACCAGGAUACCGAGGAGCCCAUCACCACGCAUCUCAGGCGCUUUGUCGAUUUCCAAAUCGCAAUAGAGCAGCUCAUCCGCGUUUCCCAGCUGCCCAAAGCAAUUCACUUUUUAAGAGACAAGUCCCUUGAAAUAGUCUACAUUGACGAUUUCAACAAGCUACCCAUCAAAACCACCCUUCCCACCGACGUCGGCAGCUGGGAGGCCAUUCUCGCCCAGGCACUUGAAUACAACGACCUCAGAAUCAAACCAGAUCAAAAAGCCGGCGUCGAUCGCCACCUCGCCGCCCUGAGCGAGAUCGCUUCACGGCACCCCACGGGCCGCAAACCCACCGUGCACCCACCCACCCAGCUCCUCCAGUUCUUCGCGACUCACCAGAUCCACCCGCCACCACUGAGCAUCAUCGGCAGCUCCCAGCCCGUCUGCGCGGCGUGCGCCUCCCUCUUCACGGCCUGGCACUGCCUGUUCGAGUACCCGAGCUACAUCUCACGCGCGUCCGACGGACGGUACCCGUUUCCAUGGAACGUUCCGACCGAAUGGGUUGGGUCCAGGAUCGGGGAUGAUCGCGAUGUGUUGGAAAUGGUGUAUAGUAGACUUGCGGAACGAUUGGGCACCGCCUUGUCUGACGCGGGCAUAGCCGAGCCCGCAGGAAGCGAAGAUUCGCAGGCGGAGGGAGUGCGGGAGGGGGGCAAUGAGCUGGGCAGUAAGGACAGUGGUGGGGGAAUGGAAGGACAUGAUGCGUGGGACGUAGGGAGGGAUGAAAAGUCCGACAUCAAUGUCGAAGUGGUGGUGGUUGCGCCGGAGGAGGAUGAAGGCGAUGGGAGGUUGGUUACGAUCAUGGAGUAG